UCUGUCUUUUAGAUUUACUUACAGUGAUUUUGAGGCAUUGGAAGUGAUUUGCAUUACUAAUUGAUUAUCAAGUUACGGUCACUAACCUAAUUAAAAACAAUGAUUAAGUAUAAUUACUAUGUGUAGUCAUUGAAUGUAAGAACCAACUAGUGUUUUAAAAUUUUCUUUUAAUAUUAUUAAACAAUGGCUUUUUAUUCUUGCAAUCGUUACAGACUCUUAGUUUUAGUUUUGUUAGGAUUGAUAAUGUGGCAAGUGUUUCAGUUGUUGCCAAAAAAACAAGUACAAGUGACUGAGGACAUAGUAGAACUGGAAGAUGACAGGUAUAAUAAACACAAGAAAGAUAAAGUGAAAGUUAGAGUAUACUAUGAGGCUCUAUGUCCAGAUUCUAAGCAUUUCUUUAUCAAGCAUUUAUCACCUGUGACGCAAAAACUAUCAGAGUUCCUGGAUGUAACAUUGGUUCCUUAUGGGAAAGCCACUACCAAAGAGAAAAAUGGCCAGUAUAUAUUCAAUUGUCAACACGGCGAAGAGGAAUGCUACGCCAAUAAAAUCCAUGCUUGUGCCAUCCAUGCACUGAACAACACGACACAGGCUGUGAAAAUCACUGAAUGCAUGAUUAUUGACAAUUUGGAUGCUGAUGCAGCCUUAGAAAGAUGUGCAAAAGAUGUGAAAGUCGAUACCGAUCAAAUAAUCGGUUGCGCUUCGGGAGAGCAAGGGUCAGCAUUACUCAAGAAACAUGGAGACGACACCCAUAUAAUCAGCCCCACCUUCAUACCGACCAUAACUUUGAAUGGUUCUAAAGGCAACCAAGCAGCCAUUCUGAAAAAUUUCUUGUUGGAAGUUUGUAAAUUAAUUGACAUGCCAUUACCACCACCAUGCUUGUGACGAACAACUAGAUCGGCACGAUUAAUACCUGUCCGAUAUGAUAAAUAACGUGUUAAAUACAUUUUUCAGUCUUGAAAUGGCGACACGUAGGUUUGAUCAAAUUCACACAAAGUAGCUAUUAGAUGAUGUUCACGAAUGAUACAUUUAAUACUUUCGCCUAACUAAUCAAAAUCGAUAUUCCUAUUUUGAAAUCUAAUUAAUCUAAUCUACAAAUAAAUUGGAUGGGUACCGCUCGCGGUGGAAAACCCGCAAGGCAAGGGCUUGAUUUUUCAACCGUCGAAUACCUUUUGUCUCAAGAAUAAAAUUGACAUUUUGACAUAUUUCCCAACUAGGCUCAAUAGGCCAAUUUUAUUCUUAGAUAAGUUAUUCCAUGUUAAUAACAAUCAACCUUAAUUGUAACAAU